AUGUCCUCACUGUCAAUCCUUGUCAUGGAGUUAAUAUUUGUCCCACCGCAAAACAAUUUGAUUUUGACAUUAGAGUUAAACUUAAACUUUCUUAUAUUUUAUAUUUCAGUGUUUGAUGCCUCUGUCCGUAGUCCUACUGGUAUUGAGAGUGGAAUUCUGUAUCAUUUCGGUCACUACGAUCAAUGUUUACAUACACAUAAUUUUAAAUCUCAUUUAGGAUAUAGGACGAACAAAGAAACACCCGUUCAAGCUAAAUAUUGUUUGGUCGAUGUGAAAAUUGAAGGUCUAACUACAUUGCAGUCUGGAUCACGUGAAAAGCAGCCAUUGGAAUUGACAACCCAUUGGGGCGUAUGUAUACCAGCCGCAUGUCGUGCUAAUGAUGUUGCAAUUUAUUUGCAACAUACACUGCAACGCAAUGUGACGGUCAACGACAAAAUGUGCCAAUAUAGAGGCGGACAUGAGCUGCAUAUCAGUGAAGGCAUGUUUAUUUAUGCUUUGUUUAUUUUGUUCUUUUUAUUCUUGGCCAUAUUGAGUACAUUGUAUCACAUCUAUUUGAUAAGUUCGAAACGCAAUGAGGAAAAUAUUGCAAAAACUUUGGCACGUAAUGAAAUUUUAAAUAUCGCUUUGUUAUCGUUUUCGAUAAUUGAAAAUAUAAAAAAGCUUUUUCAAGCCAGUAAAGAUCAAUUGGGUUUGAAUUCUAUUAAUGGCAUUAAAGCAUUGGCCAUGUUAUUUAUCUUGGCUGGUCAUGUUUUGUCGUUCAUCUACGGCAGUCCAGUCUACAAUCAGGAAUUCAUAGACGAGAAUAUAAAAUCACCUAUGUUUGGUUUUUUGAGCAACUCUCUGUUAUUUGUUGAUGUUUUCCUUUUAUUGAGUGGUUUCUUGUUUUGUCGCAUACUUCUUAUUGAAUUGGAAAGACGCAAGGGGAAAUUAAAUGUUUUGAUUUUGUAUGUUGGCCGUUAUAUACGUUUGACACCUGCUUAUUUGGCCAUUAUUGGUUUUUACAUCACUUGGUUUCCCAGCAUUGGCAGUGGGCCGUUGUGGCAGCAGCGUAUCGAGAGGGAGCAGGAACGUUGUCAGUUAUCAUGGUGGUCGAAUAUAUUGUAUAUAAAUAAUUAUAUUGGCUCAGGAAAGUUGUGCAUGUUUCAAUCGUGGUACUUAUCGGUGGACUCACAACUUUUCUUUAUGGCUCCAAUUGUUAUAUAUCUUUUGAAUAAAUCACGCAAACAUGGUUUAAAUUUAUUGUUGGUCUUAGUGGCGGUAACAUCAGUCAUUCCAUUUGUAGUUACAUAUCUAAAUAAACUAGAUCCAACUUUAAUGAUAUACCCCAGUGAAGUUGCCGAUUUAGCUAGUAAUGUCUACUAUAGCACUACCUACAUUAAGACACACAUGAGAGCUUCGGCUUACGUCAUAGGAGUAUUAACUGGUUACCUAGUACAUUUGAUGCAAGCAAAAAGCACAAAAUUACCCAAAUGGUUUGUACGUGGCUUUUGGUUAUUUGCCAUUUUCAUUGGUGUGGCCUCCAUGUUUUCCGUUACACGUUUUUAUGUAACUCCCUAUAAUAAUUUGGAAAGUACCAUGUAUGCUGGUUUUCAUAAAUUGGGUUGGAAUGUGGCUGUUGCUUGGCUUGUUCUAUCGGUUACAACGGGUCAUGCUCCCGGACUGCAAAAGUUUUUAAGUAGUCGUGCAUUUGCUCCUAUAUCACGUUUGACAUAUUGUGCUUACCUUUCUAACGGUAUAGUUGAAUUGUAUUAUUCGUCUAGUGUAAAGGUGCCAAGUUUUAUGGGUUAUUUACAUUUGUCCACUGACAUUUUUGGUCAUAUCUUGGAUACAUUUUUAAUUGCUUUAAUUUUAUGUUUAUUGUUCGAAUCGCCUAUACACGCUUUGGAACGCAUAUUAAUGAGCAGUUUCCGUAAGACUACAAAUAUAUCUACCAAAAAUAAUUCGAAUAAUAAUAAUGAUAAUCAAACACCGAGUACUUCAGAAGAACAAGUAGCUUAAUUUCUAAGAUAUUAAAACUAAACAUUUUCUUUUUAGUAACAAAGAAAAUCUCAUAUUGUGAUAAUUACAUAUUUUCUGAAUUGUUAUAUAUUAUUUUCUAUUUUAAUUCAUUUCACUAUUUUAUUUAACACUUGCCUUUUAUUAUAAUUUAUAAUCACUCUUCAUCCUAUCAUACUUUAUAUAAACAAAUUUUGGGUUUAAAUGUCACAUCUUAUUCUCUUUUAGUGAAUAGUUAAUCAGAUUAAAAAAAAACUUUUCCUGAAACAAGUUGCCCAGAGUUUAAACAACUUUUUUAGUGUAAACUUACUUAGAGUCUAAACAACUUCUCUAGUCAAAGGUUGCUUAGUGUAUGAACAACUUUUUAGCAAAAAUUUGCUGAGUUUGGACAAUUACUCUAGUAAAGAGUUUUUCAAUGUUUGAUUAACUUUUUAAUUGAAAUCAUGUCUAGCAAAGACAAAUUUAAUAAAAAUUUGGUCAUCGUCUAAACAACUUUUCUCGUAAAAAGUUACUCAGACUCUGAACAACUUUUUAAGCAAAAAAUCUGAUUAAAUUUCUUGUAAAAUGUUGCUCAGAGUCUGAUCAACAUUUAUAGCAAAAAGUUGGUCAGAGUCUGAUCAACAUUUCUAGCAAAAAGUGGCUCAGGGUUUAAUCAAGUUUUCUAGUAAAAAGUUUUUUAGAGUCUGAUCACGUUUUCUAGUAAAAAGUUGUUUAGAGUCUGAUCAUGUUUUCUAGUAAAAAGUUGUUUAGAGCCUUAUCAAGUUUUCAAGUAAAAAGUUGCUCAAAGUAUGAUCAAUAUUUCUAGUAAAAAGUUGUUCAGAUCCUCAUCAACAUUUCCAGUAAAAAGUCUUAUCAACAUUUCUAGUAUAAAGUUGCUCAGAGUCUGAUUAAGUUUUCUAGUAAAAAGUUGGUCAGAAUCUGAUCAAUAUUUACAGUCAAUAGUUACUCAGAGUCUCAUCAACAUUUCCAAAGAAAAGUUUUUAAGAAUCUUAUCAACAUUUCUAGUAAAAAGUUGCUCAGAGUCUGAAUAAGAUUUCUAGUAAAAAGUUGUUCAGAGUCUUAUCAACAUUUCUAGUAAAAUGUUGCUCAGUCUGAUCAACUUUUAUCGUAAAAUAUUGCUCAGAGUGUGAUAAUAUUUUCUAGUUAAAAGUAGUUUAGAGUCUGAUUAAUAUUUCAAGUAAAAAGUUUUUUACAGUCUUAUCAACAUUUUUAGUAAAAUGUUGCUCAGAGUUCGAUCAACAUUUCCUGUAAAUUGUUGCUCAGAGUCUGAUAAACUUCCUAUUAAAGUUUCUAAUAAAAAGUUGCUCAGAGUUUGAUUAACAUUUUCAGUAAAAAGUUGUUCAAAAUCUUAUUAACUUUUCUAGUAAAAAGUUGCUCUGAGUAUCAUCAACAUUUCCAGUAAAUUGUUGGUGAGAGUUUGAUCCACUUUUCUAGUAAAAAGUUGCUUAAAGUCUGAUCAACAUUUCCAGUAAAAUGUUGCUCAGAGUUUGAUCAACAUUUCCAGUAAAAUGUUGCUCAGAGUAUGAUCAACUUUUCUAGUCUUAUCAACAUUUUUAGUAAAGAAUUGCCCAAUAUUAGUAAAAAAAUUAUCAGAAUACCAUCAACUUUUCUAGCAAAGAGUGAUAAAUUUUUUAAGUAAAAAGUAGCUCAGAGCCUAAUCAAAAUUUCUAGUAAAAAAUUGCUCAGUCUGAUCUACUUUUAUCGCUAAAAGUUCUUCAGAGUCUCAUCAGCUUUUCUAGUAAAAAAUUGUUCAGAGUCCGAGCAUCUUUUCUAAAAAAAUGUUGCUUAAAGACUGGUAAAUUGUUUAAGAAAAAAGUAGCUCAAUGUCUAAUACACAUUUCUAGUAAAAAGUUUCUAAGUCCGAUCAACUUCUGUAGAAAAAAAUUGCUCAGAGCCUGAUCAACUUUUCUAGUAAAAAAAUCUCAGAGUUUGAUCAGUUUUUCUAGUAGAAAGAAGAUCAGUAUCUGAUCAACAUUUCUAUUAAAAAAGUUGUUCAGAUUCUGAUAAACUCCUUGUUGCACUAAUAAAAUGACAAUCCUAAUAAAAUGACAAUUCUUUCAGUUAAAAAGUUCUUCAGAACUUUGAAGAACUUUCUUUAAAAUAUGAUUAACUAUUAUAAAGAAUAAUGCUUUGUUUCUGAACAGAUUCUAAACAAGUUUUCUACAAAAAAGUUCUAUCCUAUAAGUUUUUCAAAACUUAGAAAAUUUCUUCAUAAUUCCAACAGUUGAUCGUAAGCUCAUUAACUUUUUCAUUCUUUUUCAUUUCGAUAACAUUUUCACUCAUCACUAAUUAUUCAACAUAACCACAAUUUAAAUAUGUCAAAAAUAGUAAUAAGUUCGAUUUUAAAUAAGCAUUUUAAGGGAUGAGUUCGUUAAACAAAAGUGGCUGAAAUUUGUUUAAUUUUUAUUGUAAUUCUCUUAUUAUUUAAGAAUUUUGUAUAUAAUUAUAAUCCUACGCGACCUAUUUUUGAUUAAUGUAAGGUUUUUGGAACUAAACUAUAAAAUUUUGUUUUCAGAUGUAAAUAUUUGUAAGGAUGCUUGUUUGAAUGUGUAAAAUUUAUAAAAUAAAAUUGUUAAAUUUUGUUUUGUUUAAUUUAA